AGGGAAAGAACAGACUUUGCAGAAUUUUUAAAUCAACUGGAAUCUAGUCCCGCCUGCCAAUUCUUGUCGUUAUAUUCAUUUCUAAUGCUACCGAUGCAAAGGAUAACCAGAUGGCCUCUGCUAGUAGAUGCGAUUUUAAAAAGACUGUCGGAGUCAGAUCCAGAAUAUCUCACGUGCCAAUAUGCUUUAGCAACUAUGAAUAAGACUGUAACUCAAUGCAACGAAGCAGCUAGAACGAAAGAACAAGAAUUAGAACUUACGAAAAUUUCCGAGAGUUUGGUAUUCGACAAAGAUGUUCCUCCAAUAGAAAUUAAUACUCAAGGCAGAUAUAUUAUUAGGUCAGGAUCAUUGAUGUGUUACCAAUCUAGAAACGAAGAUACCAAAAUGACAUUCGGAAGACGCUUUAGCAAAAUUAAUUUACACAUAUUUUUAUUUAAUGAUCUGUUUGUGGUUAGCAAAAAGAAAAGCGAAUUCCUAUAUACAGUAAUCCAUUACUGUCCAAGGAAUUUUAUAGAAUUGAGGAGCGUCGACAUGUUUCCAGGUUUAAGGAAAAAAGAUGUUAUGGACAAAAAUUUAUUGUACUUAUCCGUGUUGGAGAAUCACCAUAAAAAAGUUGUGGAAUUUCUGCUUUCUGCUCUAACGGAAACUGACAAAGAACGAUGGAUUGAAGCUUUUAGUCCCCCAAAAUCAGAAAAUCCAGAUGAAACGCUCUAUGAAUGUUGGGAUUGUCCCCAAGUGAUGGCUAUGCACAACUACAAUGGCUGUCAGCCUGACGAAUUAUCCUUAUCCAGAGGAGAUGUAAUUAAUGUCUUGAGAAAAAUGACUGAUGGUUGGUAUCAUGGUGAAAGGUUGCGCGACGGACACACUGGUUGGUUUCCUGCAAACUACACAGUAGAAAUAAUAAAUCCUCACGUCAGAGCCAGAAACCUGAAGCAACGAUACAGAUUGCUCACAUUUUCGGAAAAUUAUUUAAAAACGUAGCUAAAUAUUGAUCAAUUAUUUAUAGUUUUCUAUUUACCAUACAAAUGUACCUUUUAUUACAUAUUUUAUUAAAUUUAUUUAAAGUAAA